AUGGAUAAGCUGCGCAGCAUCGCUAACCUGGUGAAUGGACAGUUCGGCUGGCUGCGAUACAUCAACCCCAUCUUUUACGCCUUCGAAAUCCUGGUACCAAAUCCAUGGGCGAACCCCUACCAUAUAGCCAAUAACUUCCAUGGACGCGAGUUUGCAUGCAGCCGAUUCAUCCCGUCGUACGCCGACCUCUCGGGCAACGCCUUCGUUUGCUCUGGCAAAGGAACCGUCGCUGGCAGGAGGACCGUCAGCGGAGAGAACUACAUCGAAGUAGCGUAUACUUAUACCUACAGCCAUGUAUGGCGCAACUUCGGCAUCCUCAUCGGCUUCUUCAUCGGCUUCAUGAUCAUCUACUUCGUCGCCGUCGAGCUUAACUCCUCUACCUCUUCAAGCGCCGAAGUCCUGGUCUUCCGGCGCGGGCAUGUUCCAGGAUACAUGCAGAAAGAGAACGACGAAGAGGCACCUCCGGCUGAGAAGGGCGCUACGCAGGACUCCUCCAGCUCCGGGGAUGACGGAGAUGGCAAGGCCGAUGUCAAUGUCAUUCCGCCGCAGCACGAUAUCUUCACGUGGAAAGAUGUAUCAUACGACAUCGAGAUCAAAGGGGAGCCUCGCCGUCUGCUGGACAACGUAAGCGGUUGGGUUCGUCCUGGCACCCUCACAGCGUUGAUGGGAACUUCCGGCGCUGGUAAGACGACUUUGCUUGAUGUUCUCGCACAACGCACCAGCAUAGGCGUAAUCACCGGUGACAUGUUUGUCAACGGCCAGCCUCUGGACCCUUCCUUCCAGAGGAAGACUGGCUAUGUCCAACAGCAGGACCUCCACCUCGAAACCGCCACAGUCCGCGAGUCUUUGCGCUUCUCGGCCAUGCUCCGCCAGCCGAAGAGCGUCUCCAAGCAGGAGAAAUACGAUUAUGUGGAGGAUGUAAUCAAGAUGCUUGGCAUGGAAGACUUCGCGGAAGCCGUUGUUGGCGUGCCCGGUGAGGGCUUGAACGUCGAGCAACGCAAGCUCCUGACUAUCGGCGUCGAACUCGCCGCCAAACCGAAGCUCCUGCUCUUCUUGGACGAACCUACUUCCGGUCUCGACAGCCAGUCUUCCUGGUCCAUCGUCUCGUUCUUGCGCAAGCUGGCUGACCAAGGCCAAGCUGUGCUCUGUACCAUACAUCAACCCUCGGCGAUACUCUUCGAAGAGUUUGACAGGCUUCUUUUCCUCCGCAAGGGUGGCCAGACGGUGUACUAUGGAGACAUCGGCGAGAACUCUCGAACCCUUUUGGACUACUUUGAGAACCAGGGAGCUCCUCAUUGUGAGGACGAUCAGAACCCAGCCGAAUGGAUGCUCGAGGUUGUGACCGGAGAGAAGGACUGGGCCAAUGUGUGGAAGAACAGUGAGGAGUGCAAGUCAGUAUACCAGGAGAUCGACAAAAUCCACCAGGAGAGAGCCGACGCCGCCGCCCAGUCGGAAGAGGAAGAAGACGAGAGCAUGCACGCAGAGUUCGCCAUGCCCUUCACGCAACAGCUCAUCGAGGUCACGUACCGCGCCUUCCAACAGUACUGGAGAAUUCCUAGUUACAUCCUUUCGAAGAUGGUACUAAGCGCAGCAAGCGGGCUGUUCAUCGGUUUCAGCUUCUACAAUGCCAACACCAGCCAGCAGGGGAUGCAGAACGUGCUUUACUCUAUGUUCAUGAUCACCACCAUCUUCUCAACCAUCGUGCAGCAGAUCAUGCCGCAAUUUGUCACCAACCGCUCGCUCUACGAAGUCCGCGAACGCCCGUCCAAAGCCUACAGCUGGAAGGCGUUCCUCUGCGCCAACAUCGUCGUCGAGCUGCCUUAUCAGGUCCUGAUGGGCGUACUAACGUUCGCCACCUUCAUGUACGUCAAACCAAUCGUUGGAAGGGUUCUCCAGAUCUCUUUGGAGAUGAACGGGCUGCUGAACCUCCCCUCCCUUCUCGCUUCCGCAGAAUGGGCUAACGAUCUCAGGUAUCCCGUGGUCGGCAUCCAAAGUUCAGAGAGGCAGGUGCUGGUCCUACUCCUCUCCAUCGUCCUGUUCAUCUACGCCUCGACCUUCGCCCAUCUCUGCAUUGUGGCCUUGCCGGACGCGCAGACAGCUGGAGCUAUUGUCACGAUUCUGUUCUCGAUGACUCUGAUCUUCAACGGAGUGAUGCAGGCUCCAGAUGGGAUCGGCGGCAUGUCGAGCGCAAUGCUGGGCGGGCGAGCCGUCGAAUGCGCCAACGACGAAAUCUCCGCCUUCCCACCACCUCCUGGCCAAACCUGCGGAGAGUACCUCGCCCCAUACCUGCGACAAGCCGGCGGCAACCUCCAAAACCCCGGAUCCACGACCGAAUGUCGCUACUGCGCAUUGACGAACGCCGACCAGUUCCUCGCCUCCGUGAACAUAAGCUACAGCGAGAGAUGGAGGGACUUCGGGCUGAUGUGGGUGUAUGUGUUCUUUAACAUUGGAGUGGCGAUCGUGCUGUAUUGGGCUUUUAGAGUGAGGAAGAGCAGUGGGAGUGGUGGGAUUGGGGGUAGGGUGAAGGAGGCUUUGGGGAAGGUGAGGAAUGCGUUCAAGGCGAGUGGGAAGACUAACAAGAAGAAUGCUGCCGUGGUCUGA